GCCUCUGGGGCUCUGGCGGCGGCAGGUCCUGGCAGUCGCUCGCCGGUCACCUCGCAGACGCGAUGGCGGUCCCGGGCUCCCUGGCCGAGUGCGGCUACAUCCGGACGGUGCUGGGCCAGCAGAUCCUGGGACACCUGGACAGCUCCAGCCUGGCCCUGCCCUCCGAGGCCAGGCUGAGGCUGGUGGGCAGCAGCGGCCGCGGCGACACGGCGGCCCGGAGCCAGCGGAUCCAGGAGCAGGUGCAGCAGACCCUGGCCCGCCGGGGCAGGAGCUCGGUGGUCAGCGGGAAUCUUCACCGAACCAGCAGUGUCCCUGAGUAUGUCUACAAGCUGCACUUGGUUGAGAAUGACUUUGUUGGAAGGCGAUCCCCUGUCACCAGGGACUAUGACAUGCUAAAGUCUGGAAUGAGUGCCACUUACGGAAGUCGCUGGGGGAGAGGGACAGCACAAUACAGUUCCCAGAAGUCAGUGGAGGAGAGAUCCUGGAGGCAACCUCUGAGGAGACUUGAGAUUUCCCCAAAUAGCAGCCCGGAAAGGACUCGCUAUGCCCACAGUGAAUACCAGUUUGCCUGGCGGAGCCAGGGCCAGGUGCCGGGUGGGCGCCUUACCCUGCCGCGCUAUGCACGCUCAGAGAUCCUGAGCCUUCGCCAGGCGGGCACCGUCCGCAGGCCACCCGUGAGCGGGUCGUUCAGCGAUGCUGUCUUUGACAAUGGUCCACUCAACCCCAUGAUGCCUCCCCAUCCACCAGGCACCAGCCACAGCGCAGGCAGCCUGCUGGAAGAGACCGUGCGCGUGAGCCAGGCUCGGCCUCUGGGCGCGCAAAGCAGAGCUGCCCGCUCUUCCUGGCCCCGAAGCUCAGUCCGCAGCACCCUGCAGGACCCAGGGAGGUUGCUGCCUACUGCGGGCCAGGCAGCUGUGGGCAGCGGAGAUGCGCACCGGGAGAGGAGCACCUUCUCUGAUGUCCAGCUCGGGAAUGCAGACGUGGAGAUGACCUUGGAGAGAGCUGUGAACAUGCUCGAUGCAGACCGCGUGCCACUGCCCAGGAUUUCUGCCGCAGCUACUUUUAUACAGCAUGAGAGCUUCCAAAAGUCUGAAGCCCGGAAAAGGGUUAAUCAGCUUCGAGGCAUCCCUAAGCUGCUGCAGCUGCUCAAAGUUCAGAAUGAAGAUGUUCAGCGGGCUGUGUGUGGGGCCUUGAGGAACCUGGUUUUUGAAGACAAUGACAACAAGCUGGAGGUAGCUGAGCUGAAUGGAGUACCUCGCCUACUCCAGGUGCUGAAGCAAACCAGAGACUUGGAGACAAAAAAGCAAAUAACAGGUCUGCUCUGGAACUUGUCCUCUAACGACAAGCUCAAGCAUCUCAUGAUAACAGAAGCCUUGCUCACCCUGACAGAGAGUGUCGUCAUCCCCUUCUCGGGGUGGCCUGAAGGAGACUACCCCAAAGCAAAUGGCUUGCUGGAUUUUGAUAUAUUCUACAAUGUCACUGGAUGCCUAAGAAACAUGAGCUCAGCUGGCCCUGAUGGGAGGAAGACAAUGAGAAGAUGUGAUGGGCUCAUUGACUCGUUGGUCCAUUAUGUCAGAGGAACCAUUGCAGACUACCAGCCAGACGAUAAGGCCACAGAGAACUGUGUGUGCAUUCUUCAUAACCUCUCGUACCAGCUGGAGACGGAGCUCCCAGAGAAGUAUUCCCAGAGUAUCUACAUGCAGAACCGGAAUAUCCAGACGAACAGUAACAAGAGUACCGGCUGUUUUGGCACUCGAAGUAGGAAAGUAAAAGAGCAAUACCAAGACGUGCCUAUGCCCGAGGAGAAGAGCAGCCCCCGGGGCAUGGAGUGGCUGUGGCAUUCCAUUGUGAUAAGGAUGUAUUUGUCCUUAAUUGCCAAGAGUGCCCGGAACUAUACCCAAGAGGCCUCAUUAGGAGCGCUCCAGAAUCUCACAGCAGGAGGUGGCCCGAUGCCCACAUCAGUAGCUCGAAUGGUUGUCCAGAAGGAAAAUGGUCUUCAGCACACCCGGAAGAUGUUGCACGUGGGUGAUCCCAGUGUGAAAAAGACUGCUGUCUCCCUGCUGAGGAAUUUGUCACGGAACCUUUCUCUGCAGAAUGAAAUUGCCAAAGAAACUCUACCAGAUUUGGUUUCCAUAAUUCCCGACACAGUCCCAAGUACUGACCUUCUUGUUGAAACUACAGCCUCUGCCUGCUACACACUGAAUAAUUUAGUGCAGAAUAGUUACCAGAAUGCACGAGACCUUCUCAACACUGGAGGCCUGCAGAAAAUUAUGAACAUCAGCGUAGGAGAAGGCUAUGCCCCCAACAAGGCCAGCAAAGCUGCUUCUGUCCUUCUCUACACUCUGUGGACACAUACAGAACUCCACAAUGCCUACAAGAAGGCUCAGUUUAAGAAGACAGACUUUGUCAACAACCGGACCACCAAAGCCUACCACUCCCUUAAAGACUGACAAAGGUGGAAAUAAACUCGGAAAUUUCAGCUUCAGGGUUCCCCGCUAUAAACCCCCCCCCCCACAAAGAAAACACCUAUUUUUCUACUAACUGACCCAAGAAACCUCAGAAAGCAUGCUUUGUUUAUAUUCUUUUGUAUUUCCAUCCCCUAAGUCUAGAAAAUGAAUAAUCACAAUAUAAUUUGGUUAGGCAUCCUUAAGACUUCUACAAGGUCUGUUGUGCCCUGUAGAGCUCACGGACACCAUCGUCCAUGCUCACAGUACAUGUGAAUACAUGUGGGUAACAGCCAAGGAGCAGCUGAGGAAAGACCUUGUGUGGCUAGACUUUUAAAGUGUGAUUGACAUUUCUGUCCUUUGUCUGGGCUUCAUUCUUGUCCCUCAUCUGCAUGUUACUCCAUUAUUGAACCACAGGCUUGUGUUCAACCAUACUGAACAGAACAGAGAUGACAAGAAUAAAGCUUUGGUGACAAGUC